UUGUCCGAUUGGAAAAUAGGGAAGGUAUUAUUAAUCUGUGGUGGGAAGAACCUGGUUGUGCUGCCAUCUUAUCACACAAUGAUGACACUACACAUAAACAAAUUAAUUAGUCUGGGCGUAGUAUUUGUGGUUUGAUUUGUUGUUAAGAAUAAUUAAUCUUCUACUACGGUAACGACAUAUUUGCGGUUCUAGUUGAAAUAUGGCAUCUGUUGGAGAACAAUUAACCUUGGCACGUGAUGUGAAAAGAGCGAUCGAAUUGCUGGAGAAACUACAGAAAAGUGGGGAAGUGCCUGCUACAAAACUGGCAGCUCUUCAAAAAGUCCUGCAAAGUGACUUUCUGAAUGCAGUGCGUGAAGUUUAUGAACAUGUGUAUGAGACUGUUGAUAUCCAAGGGUCACAGGAUAUUCGGGCAUCUGCUACUGCCAAGGCUACGGUUGCUGCAUUUGCAGCAAGUGAGGGGCAUGCACACCCUCGGGUAGUGGAGUUACCAAAAACAGAAGAAGGUCUUGGUUUCAAUGUUAUGGGUGGCAAAGAGCAGAAUUCACCCAUCUACAUCUCCCGUAUUAUUCCAGGGGGUGUAGCAGAUCGGCAUGGUGGCCUGAAGCGUGGUGACCAGUUGCUUUCUGUUAAUGGUGUGUCAGUGGAGGGUGAGAACCACGAGAAGGCAGUGGAAUUGCUAAAACAAGCACAGGGCUCAGUGAAGCUCGUUGUACGUUACACGCCCAAAGUGUUGGAAGAGAUGGAGUUGAGGUUUGACAAACAACGUGCUGCACGGAGGAGGCAAUUUCAGUAGAACGUAUGUCACAUGACAUUCUCCCAUAUUUUGUUUUGCUUCAUGUAAGACAGCUGUGUUUAGAAUUUUAUCAUUUGAGAAACUCUGUUUGCACUGGUCAUGAAAUCAUAUUCCCAACAAUUUCAUAAAAUACUGUCAUUCAUAUGUACCAUGAUAAGUAACACAAAGCAUUACUAAGUGAGCAACCAGGUUGCCCUGUACUGUAUGAAAGAUGUCUCAGCACUCGUAGUUUGUUUCAUUAAUGUCUUAGUAUGCUGUUUCGUAAUGUAGAGCUCUGUGAAAUAAUUAUUGUCAAUCUUUGCGUUCCAUCAAUAUCUGUCUAUAAAGUCUUAAAACACUGAUGUAAAAGUACUGAGGAAUACCAAAACCAAAGUUUGGAUGUAUGUAUAUAGAUUAUGGUAUUUGAGGUACUGUAGUAACCAGUAACCACCAAAUAAAAUAUCAGAUUUAUACUGUUUUGAAUUGUUUGUAUACAUGGUUAUUAUUCUAUUAUUAAAUAUUUAUUUUUAAUUGUGUAUGAUAUUAUGGUAUAAGACAUAUGUAACAUUUUAUAAACAGUUUUAAUGGAAUUGUCAAGCAAAUUAUUCAUUAUAAGGAGCUUAAUUACAUUGCCCUAGAAGUAUUAAUAAUUAUUCUGUUUACCUAAAUUUGUGCCAGAAAUGUGGUACUUUCUCAGUUUUGGUGGUGGCUUUCUAUCUUUUUCUAUCUUGUGUAUCAAAUAAAGGUUGAAACAUCUGUGUUACUGAAUGAUGUGCUGAAACUAGUAAUACUGUUUGUCACAUCUGUGUAAUCUUAUGUUGCACUCACUGUCAGGAGUACUAUCUUACUAGUCCUUGAAAGUGAAAUGAAGAGGCAUGGCUCGUUCUGGAAUAGAUAAUAUCUUAUUAUUUUUGUAGAAAGACAGGCUGAGUUGUUAGUCCAUGUUCAGGAAGUGAGGAGGAUGCAUUUAUAUUGUUCGAGGGAAAUAUUCUAUUCAAAUUAUCAUGAAUAAAAAGGUUUUUGAGUCAUUUAUAGAUGUCUCACAAACAGGGAAUACAACACAUGGUGUAUUAAGUUAAAGGGAUACACUGACAAGAAUAUUACGGAACGAGUGGUAUAGCUUUUGAGUAGAUUUUUAAUGUCAGAAGUGGUUUACAGUUGUACUGUUAUUUUCAUAAGUACCUUGCGGCAGCAGAAAAACUGACAGUGACAGUGACAUUGAAGUACGCUAGUAUUAGGCUAUGUUUGAUACAGAGCAACAUAGUUUAUGAAGUUUAAUCAGCAUAUUAUGGAUACAAAAUGGGAAAUUCACAUGAGACUAUAAGAAAUUUUAAUAUUGA